AGGACGAAUUAUUCAUUAUAUAAUUCAUAAUUUUGAUGUUUAAGAAUGUAAUUGCAAUGAUCGAUACUCGAAAUAUUAAUUUACGCUUAGUCUUCGUCAUUUGAUUUUCGCGGUUAUGUGAAUGUCGAUAUAGGUGGCAGCAUCAUCGACUACAGCUGUCGCUCUAUGACAUUUCGGAAAUGCUCGUAUUCUAAUUAGAUUUGUUGGAGUAUUAUGUUCGGAGUAAGGUUAUUAGAUAAGUUUCUCGAUAAAUAUUAGUGUCAAAAUUAUAAUUCCUUAAUACGAUUAGAUGCAAUUAAUUCACGGUUUAAUAACAAGCGAAUAAAAAUAUAAUUGUAAGAAAAAUUAUAGAUUACAUUAUAGUGUAGAGGUUAACGAAUAUACAAUCAUGGUCGAUAUGUGUUCCACAAAAGAAGAUUUAAACAAAUUUUCUCAUAAUAUAUAUAAAAAUAAUCCUUUACUAUUCAAGAGUUAUAUAGGAAAAGAAGCCAAAAUUACUACAGACAAUGGAGUUGUAUAUAAUGGUACUGUGUAUACAGUAGAUCCAGUUUCAGAAAGUGUAGUACUUUUACAAACUAAAGAAGACGAUCAUCAAAAUUUACAAAUAGUAUUUGGACAUGCGAUAAAAAAUAUUGAAUUAACUACACAAACAGAAACAUCUAUGCCAGAAUUAUUCCAAGUGUCAAUCAAUCAACUUUCUUUAUCAGACAUUACAAAAAGAAAAAAUAUUGUGAAACAAUAUUUAUUAGAAAAUAGAUUUCCAGUUACAGAUAUCAAUGAUAUUUUAUAUAUUGAAGACAGUGUUUCUAUAAAACCACCAUAUGAUACAGAACAUUGUGAAUCUACUAAUGCUAUUAUAUUAAAUAGAAUACAAAAUAUUCUUCGCAGUGUUAAAUAAUAAAUAUUAUAUGUAUAUAUAUACAACAAUCAUAACUUAUUAUUCUAGAUAUAAUAACAGUAUGUCAUUGUUUAUUUUUUAAAAAUAUAUAAAUAAACUUUGAUAUGUUCAUCAUAUUUUUAUAUAGAAAGAUAUAUAAAAAGACACAAGAAAUAAGUUAAUAAUCGAUAAUAAGAAUAAAUUUUAUUUAUAAUUUUGAUCUUUCAUUUAUUAGAAAAAUAAAUUUACAGUUAUCAAAUAUUUGUGUAAUGUUAAAAUGAUAUCAACUUAUUUAUAUAUUUGUAUAAUAAAUUAAAGGAACCAAAAUAAGCUGUUAUAUGG